GUAAUUUUGAAUCGGGGGGGAAGUUUACAGUGCGCUGACAGACUUUUGAGUGAGUUCAGUGUGGAGCGCUCCUCGGUGCGUCACACGCUUAGAGAGCCAGCAGUGAAGUGCGCGUCUAUUCCAGGCUGUCAUACAUGCACAUACAGCAGAGAGCCCAGCUUCUUUCCAAAUACAGCAUUCUUCUUCUUCUUCUUCUUUUUCACACGCUUCACUUCGCUUCUUGUUUCGGCUGAGACUCGGGAAGGAAAUGGAUGUCAUUCCGAUGUGCAGCAUCUUCCAGGAGCUCCAGAUUGUGCACGACACGGGAUACUUUUCUGCUUUACCGUCGCUGGAAGAGUACUGGCAGCAGACAUGCCUGGAGCUGGAAAGGUACCUCCAGAGCGAGCCCUAUGUCUCGGCCACUGACCUCAAGUUUGAUAACCAGGAGGACCUGUGGAGCAAGCUCAUGCUCGCCUGCGGGGACAAGUCAAAUGAGGCGGACCCAAAGAGCGGCCACAUCAAGGAGGAGGUGGACAGUCACGACAUCCAGCCUCUUGACGUCGGCGGUUUCAACUCCGACGCCAGCAGCGAGGCCUCGGACAGCUCGGAGGAGCUCUCCCCGACCCUUGACUUCUCCUCUGGCUCUUUGACUGACAUGCUGGGUGACAGCGGAGAAGACUUGGGCUCUGCCAUCAUCAGCACGCCGCCCUCAUCUCCUGAGCUCAGCAAGGAAGGCUCUGUGGCCCAGGUGUGGAGUGGGAUACAGACAGUGCUAAACUCACCGGGGAAAAUAAGGACUGGGGGCACAGAGAGGUCAGUGGAGAGGUCAGGGAUGACCAGCGGGGAAACGUCGCCUGACGGAAGGAGGCGGGUGCACAGGUGCCACUUCAACGGAUGCAGGAAGGUGUACACCAAGAGCUCGCACCUCAAAGCACACCAGCGCACACACACAGGUGAGAAGCCCUACAGGUGUUCAUGGGAGGGCUGUGACUGGCGCUUUGCACGAAGUGAUGAACUAACCCGACACUUCAGGAAGCACACUGGAGCAAAGCCAUUUAAAUGCAAUCACUGCGACAGGUGUUUCUCCCGUUCGGACCACCUGGCGCUGCACAUGAAGAGGCACAUCUAAGAUGGCCUCCAUGUUGAGAGCUCUGAGGGAUGAGUCUGGUUGAUUGUCCCGACCAGUUGGGAAUCAGCAAGGCCGGUGUAUCCGGGGAGCAUUAACAGGGACACCGCUGUGUUCCAGUCAGUGGAAAGACAUGAAGCAACACAGGCUAUUAUUUGCACCAUACUUUGUGCCUCCAACACCUCGCUGUGGUGAUUGCUCUUAAAAGGCUUUUACAGAGGAGCAGGGGGUGAAAAGAGAAGAUGGGAAAGAUCUUGGCUGGAGUUUAUGGAAAGAGACUCUUCUGUAUGGUGUUAAAUGCUUUUCUUUUGUUUUUCUGUUUUUCCUGGAA